GGCAACGUUUAAAAAAGAUCUAUCAUGGCCGUUUGUAGAACGGCGUCAUAAAUACUAUCUGUUUAUUUGUGCGAAAUAGUGAUUUCUCCUUAUUAUAGUGAUUUUCAGUGGCAAGCAUUGAUAUCAUGUGAUUGGUGAUAUAUUGUAAAGCUGCGAAUGUGCGAUAAUGUAUUGAGAAUCAUAUCGCGUAACGAUGUCAAACAAUACAGUUGGCUCAUCGGGGCCAGCUCCCGGCAAAAUACGUGGACCUGGAAGACCACCGAAACGUACCUGCACUUGGUGCGCUGAAAGUAAGACGCCUCUCAAGUACGUUUGGCCGACAGAAAACAGUAAAAAAGAGUUUUGUUCGGAAACGUGCCUAUCAGAAUUCAGGCAAGCGUAUAGCAAAGGCGCCUGCCUUCAUUGCGAUACGGUUAUUCGAGGUAAUGCUCCCUCGAACAGUAAGAACUUUUGUUCUACGUACUGUUUAAAUAAAUAUCAAAAGAAAAAUGAAAAACGGACGACCUCUCCUCACUCCGGCAACGGAGCCAACGGCUCCGAAAAUCAUUCUAAUAACAACACAACUGGAACUUUCUAUGAUAUUUACCAGACUUUUGACUGGGCGGAAUAUAUGAAAGAGACCAAUAGUACGGCCGCGCCGCAGGAAUGUUUCAAACAAGCACCAGUGCCACCUGAUAAUGAUUUCAAAAUCAAUAUGAAACUGGAGGCUCUGGAUCCGCGCAACUUGACAUCGACGUGUAUCGCGAGCGUAGUCGGCGUGCUCGGGCCGCGGCUGCGGCUGCGGCUCGACGGCAGCGACAACAAGAACGACUUCUGGCGGCUCGUGGACGCAGGCGACAUACACCCAAUUGGACAUUGUGAGAAAAAUGAAGGCAUGCUACAACCUCCCCUAGGUUUUCGAAUGAACGCAAGCAGCUGGCCAAUGUUUUUGCUCAAAACACUGAAUGGGGCAGAGAUGGCCCCGGCAAAGGUGUUCCAACCUGAGCCUCCAACUCCCAAAUCAAAUCUGUUUGUAGUUGGACAGAAGCUAGAAGCAGUAGAUAAAAAAAAUCCCCAGCUCAUUUGCUGUGCAACAAUUGGGGCAGUAAGAAAUGACCAGAUCCAUGUUAACUUUGAUGGCUGGAGGGGAGCAUUUGAUUACUGGUGUAAAUAUGAUUCAAGAGAUAUAUUCCCUGUUGGCUGGUGUGCCAGGGCUGGCCAUCCAUUACAGCCACCAGGGCAGAAAAGUGCUACUACACCAUCCAGGUUCAAGUUCCGAACCAGUGGAAUACCAAAUCCAGCCCUACCAGAAGGUGGCUCCACUGGGGCUGGUAAUUCUACUACUAUCACAUCAACACCUGCGGCAACUGUGAGGUUGCAUAUCCGCAGUGGCUGCUCCGGAGGCAGCAGUUCCUUGCCCAGUGUGAUCUCAGGCUCCGGGCCGUCCGGGGCUGCAGAGGCUUUAGCUAAAGACUUGCUCAGUGUUCAUCCUGACCCUCAGAGGUUGACGCGGGCUAUACUAACAGCAUCUAGUAGCUAUUCUAAUAUAAAUAAUGUACAGGUUUCAACAGGGAGUAAGAAUUACACAGUAAAAGUACCGUCAGAACUAUCAACUGAUGAGUUGAAGAAUUGGCUGAGAGCUGUGUGUGAGGGACUGAACUGCUGUUUGGGGAUGAUAGAGAUAGAUUCAGGAGACGCUGCAGGCCGGUCCUGCCAGUUGUGUGGGGAGUCCCCUUCAGAGAGUGUUUCUACGGCCGUCAAGAGGACUACAAGUGACGGGAGCUCGGCGGCCGGCAGCAGCGGCGGCAAGCUGGCGCGCUGUAGCGGGGAGCGCGGGGAGGCGGCGGGCGCGGCGGUGUCCACGACGGGCGCGCCGCCGCCGCCGGGCGCGGGCGCGGCGCCGGCCGACUGGUCGGUGGAGGACGUCAUCGGCUUCAUCGCCGCCGCCGACCCCGCGCUCGCCGCGCACGCCGACCUCUUCCGGAAACAUGAAAUCGAUGGAAAGGCGUUACUACUUCUCAAUUCAGACAUGAUGAUGAAGUAUAUGGGUUUAAAGCUUGGCCCAGCGCUAAAAAUAUGUAAUUUAGUAUCAAAAAUAAAAAAUCGCCGGCAUUAUAGCACCUAGACUUACAAUUAGCCACUCUUAGAGUUUGAAACUAUGAGUUUCCUAAGUUUUACUAGUAUUAAGUACUUACAUGCAUUUCAGCUAUAAAUGCUUCGCCUAAAGUUUCAGUUUCACCUGAAUCUCAGCAUUUUAAAUUAUCUUGUGUAGAUGUAAAAGACAUUGCUGCUACGAGAUUAUAGUGACAGAAAUAUAAGGGUUUUUCAUUGAUAACUGAUAUUACACUAAUUUAAUUGAGUUACUGUUUCACAUAUCCAGCCGAAAAUUAUGUUACACAUAAAGGAAAAUGUGAUGAACUGUAAAGACCUUAUCACAUAAAAAAAUUAUAGGUUAUUCUCAGUUUCUUUGCUGUAGAUUCUCCAGGCAAAAACUGUGUACCUACCUACAGGUCUUUACCCAUAGAUAAUUAUUUUAUGGAUGAAAACAUUUGUAAUGUAAUGAAUUACUUUAAAAGUUUAAUUAUUAUUGGAUAAUUUACAUUUAUUUUGUGAAUUUAUCUACUUAGUCAUGUAUAUAAAUGAGUUAUAUUAAAUGCAUUUAAUGUAGUUAGUACUCAUCUUGCAUAAUCAAAAGAUGUAUUGCAAUGUUUAAUAUUUCUGACUAUUAGGUACUUGAAAUUGUAUGUAUAUACUAACUGUUAUGUUAUUGGCUAGUCGAGCGUAUGCUAUUUGCCAGAAUCGUAGUUCAUGCAGAUUUUCAAUUUCAGUAAAUACAGUGUACAGAAAUUUUAUUUUUUAUUGUAGAUUAGGGUCUUAGUGCCUUUCACCAUUUAGGUGUGUUUAAAGAUAUCCACAGUGUUAACCAUGGAAAUUAAAGACAUGUAAGCGCUCAAGGACACCAAUAAAUGUAGCUGUGAUUUAAUAAUACAAAUGCAGAAUUUUUCAAUAUUCUUAUUGUGUCAAAUAAUAUCGCUUCCAAUGUUGACCUAGCGCCCAGUUGUACUGUAUUACUUUUAUGUUCCUUCCCGAUAUCAUAACUAGAAUAUAAAUGACAUAAUAGUAUUUUAAAUUUAAACAUUUUAAACUGUCGUAAGUCACACUGACACUAUUUAACUACUACAGUCUAUAAAGUUGCGCGUCGCGGUCACGAAAAGUGCCCUGUUUAUCAAAACUUUGUAACUUAUAAUACACGUGGAAGUCCCUUUCAACAACAAAAGCUGUCAAAAAGGGACUUCCACUUGUAUUACAAGUUACAAGCUUUUGAUAAACAGGGCAAAGGUCGCUCUUAAAGUUCGAAAUUUGACACUGUUGUAGUAAAAUAGUAAAAGUUAAUACCUAAAGCUAUGCUUUGUAUAUCUAUGAUAUUUAAUUAUAAUUUGCCAUUUUGAAGUUGUAAUUAACAUGAAUAUUUAAAUAUUUCACCAUGUGAUAUUUCCAUGUUAUCUGUUAUCGUGAUAAAUGAUUAAUAAUAUUAGAAUAAUGUUGAUUUAUCCAUUACGUGAUGUAUACAUUUUAAGUUUUGUCAUGACAUGAUAACUACUAAGCGCGAAAAUUUAUAUAUAAAGCCUGUACUGUUGUUGUAUAUAUAUAUUUGGUAUUACAAUGUUAUUUUCCCGGCGUGUCGUAUGUGUAUGAGAAGUCCGAUUUAUUUUAAGAUACCUAGGUAUUUCCUUUAUACUUUUUAAUGGGCAACUUAAAGUAUAUGUUUGUGAUAUCCGCGUGAUGUGUCGACUGAGUAAACGUCCUAUUUGGUUUAUAAAGCUCAUCAUAACAUAAUGUAGGUAAAUAGAAAAGCAAUAAAAUUAUCCAUAUAUGUAUAAUUCAAGGUAUUGGGUGUUUGCCUACGAUUGUGUGUAUAUAUUAGGACACCAUGUAAAACCAUAGAAAUUGAUGAAAUCUCGAGGCAAAUUCUUUUACAUAUUUUAUUACAGUAGAAACUAAAUUUAUUUUAUGUACAUAAGCGAAUUAAAAACAACAUUGUAUAAAUAAAUAAAUCUAAAGUGCGAA